AUUUCAUUCACCUCCUGAUCAAAGAUGGAUAUUCAAAUCUCAGCUUUUCUUCUGUUCGUUCUUUUCACUGCAGGACACUCUCUCAGCUGCUAUCAGUGCAGGAAUGAUACGAGUUCUUGUGCGGAUCCUGGGAAUAUAACAUGUCCCAGUGGAUAUUCCAAGUGCAUGAAUGUAACAACAGUAUGGAAAGUUGGUUCAACUAAAGUGAAUGGUAGAUAUUGUGCUGGUAACUGUACAAGUGGGUCGAUGAACAACGGGUUUGCACAGGUUUCUUAUUCCUGCUGUGACACUGACCUUUGUAACGUCACAUAUGCUCCAGAUCUCAACACUAACACUACCAAUGGAAAGAAAUGUUACUAUUGUGAUGCUCAGAACUGCUCAAACACAGUUAACUGUUCAGGGAGUGAAGACUAUUGCAUUUCAAUGACAGUGAAUUACAACAAACCAUGGCUUCUAAAAGGCUGUGUCUCUAAAUCUAUUUGUGAUUAUGCCAACAUAUCUUUUAGUAGUGUUUAUGGCAUCUCAUGUUGUGAGGGGGACUUGUGUAAUUACGUUUAUAAUGUCACCCAGAACAUCACCCAGAACGUCACACAGAAUGUCAUCCAGAAUGAUAUACAGAACAUCAUUCAAAACAUCAUCCAGAACUCAAUCCAGAACGUCCCCCAGAGCGUCACUCAGAGCGUCCCCCAGAAUGUCACUCAAAACGCCACUCAGACUGUCCCCCAGAGCGUCACUCAGAGCGUCCCCCAGAAUGUCACUCAAAACGUCACUCAGAGCAUCACUCAGGGCGACACUCAGAGCGUCCCCCAGAAUGUCACUCAAAACGUCACUCAGGGCGUCACUCAGAGCGUCACUCAGAAAAGGCCAGCGAGUUGGGCCCCAGGUACAGUGCAAGCGGGACCAGAGGAACCACCACCGUACCUGGAGUGGGGCAGCAAGGUGGAACGCAGGGACACAACUAGGAUGGCUUGUGAGCAGACUGAAGAAGGGUCUGAGUGUGCGGUGCACUGCUUACCUGGUUCCACAGAGAAAAAUAGGCUCUUUCAGGGAAAAGCUCUUAUAGGUCCUAAGACGCACAGUGGAAAUUACCAUUUGCAGGACAAUGGGGUAGUGAAGCGUAAAGUGCGCGACCCACUUGACACAGGAAUGACCACCACUGAAGCGCUAUCCACCAGCAUAAGAAGCUCCCUAGAGUGCACUGAAAUGAUCACAGAUGAAGCAGUUUGGUAG